AUGACUGUCCUGUACUCAAGAUCACCAGAAUGUCACGUUGUGUCUUUUCUUGAUCCAGUAGCUGCUGAAAAUAGUGUUGCAAGGCCAAACAUGCAGCUGCAGACCAUGAACUUCCCGCUCUGGGAGGAGGGGGCGGCAGAGUCCCAUAACCUCACUCAUGAACUUAACGCUGGUCAGAGAAGGCAGUCUUCGCUCCCCUACCCUGACUGUGGUUUAAGGAGUGUUUGUUUGGUAGAAGAUUUGGAACAAAGGAUACAACAACACCUGCUGCUCUCUCCAACAACUUCUCCUUCUCUCACACCCCUUGACACACCGGUAGGGGUGGGGGAACAGCUGACAAACUUUCUUGAGGAGUUGGAUGUCCUGCUGUCCUCCUUGCCGGAGGAUGGUAGGCCACUUGUGGUUCUUGGUGAUUUAAACAUACACCACGACAAGCCCCAGGCCACUGAACUGAAUACUCUCCUGGCCUCAUUUGACUUGGAAAAACUACACACCACAGCAACUCACAGAUCGGGCAACCAGCUGGACCUCAUUUUUACAUGUAACCAUACCGACUCAAAUAUUCUUGUUACUCCUUUACAUGUCUCUGAUCACUACUUUGUGCAAUUCAACAUGACCCUCCCAUCUACAUUAAAACAGUCUCCACCUUUGGUUUCCUUUCGCCGUAACCUCCGUUCUCUUUCAUCCUCACGCCUUUCCACUGCUGUCUCUACCUCUCUUCCCACAGUAAAUGUAUUUACAACGCUUGAUGUAAACACUGCCACAGACACACUAAGCUCUACUUUAACAACCUGUCUUGACAACAUCUGUCCUAUCUCGUCAAGGCCAGCACGUGCUACACUACCCAGCCCCUGGCUGUCUGACGUCCUUUGUGAACAUCGGUCUGACCUCAGGGCAGCUGAGAGGAGAUGGCAGAAAUCUAAAGAUCCAGCAGAUCUAGAACAAGCUGCUGGAUGACAAUCAGUCAGGCUUCAAAAGUGGACACUCCACCGAGGCUGCCCUGCUGUCUGUCGCUGAGAUGGGCGAAAGCUGAAUCCAGAUCAUCCGUCCUGAUUUUGCUGGACCUUUCUGCAGCCUAUGACACAGUCAACCAUCAGAUCUUACUCUCUACCCUCUCCUCGCUGGGCAUCACAGGAACUGUGCUUGACUGGUUUAAUUCCUAUCUCUCAGGUAGGUCCUUCAAGAUAGCCUGGAGAGGUGAAGUAUCCAAGCCACAUCAGCUACUUACUGGGGUACCUCAGGGAUCAGUGCUUGGGCCACUUCUCUUCUCAAUACACACAACAUCACUGGGACCCAUCAUUCAGGCACAUGGUUUCUCUUACCACUGCUACGCUGAUGACACGCAACUCUACUAGUCUUUCCAGCCCAACGACACCACAGUGACUGUUCGAAUUUCUGCCUGCCUGGCAGACAUCUCGGCCUGGAUGAAGGAGCACCACCUGCAACUCAACCCAGCCAAGACUGAAUGCCUUGUAUUUCCAGCUAACCCUGCUGUUGAACACAACAUCACCGUGCAGCUGGAUGCAACUACAGUAACGCCUUCCAAAUCAGUCAGAAAUCUAGUGUUAACCAUCGACAACAGACUAAAUUUCACAGACCACAUCUCAAAGACCGCAAGAUCAUGUAGAUUUACACUCUACAAUAUCAGGAAGAUAAGACCCUUCCUCUCUGAACAUGCCACACAUCUGCUUGUCCAGUCACUUGUCAUAACUAGACUGGACUAUUGUAACACUCUCAUUGCAGGCCUCCCUGCAUGUGCAAUUAGACCCCUGCAAAUGAUCCAGAAUGCAGCAGCACAUCUGGUCUUUAAUGAACCAAAGAGAGCACAUGUUACACCACUCCUUGUCUCUCUCCACUGGCUGCCGGUUGAUGCACAUAUCAAAUUCAAGGCUAUGAUGCUGGCAUACAGAACAGUCACUGGGUCUGCUCCAGCAUACCUAAAAUCAUUUAUGCAGAGCUACGUGCCCACUAGAAGCCUGCAGUCAGCUAAGGAACGUCGCCUUGUUGUACCAACACAGAGGCACCAAAACACUUUCCUGGACUUUCAGCUUCAUUAUACCACAUUGGUGGAACGACCUUCCCAACUCCAUCCAUGAAGCUGCUCACUCUCUGUCUUCAAAAAAUGACUAAAAACACAUCUUUUCCAUGAGCACUUAACCAGUCAUUUAAAUAAAAAAACAAACAAAAAAAAAAAACAUUUCUUUAUUCUGUUUUGAAUACUAUUAUGAUGCUAGUGAAACUUUGUAUUACAGCACUUUUCAUACCACUGUCUCCUUAAGAUGAUUAGCUUAUGUUUUCCUCUGUUGUAAGUCGCUUUGGAUAAAAGCAUCUGCCAAAUGAAUAAAUGUAAAUGUAAAUAUAUGGAGCUGCCUGAAGCAUACAUCAGAGUAGUCUCGCUCCCUCGGUCAGAAUCGAGGGGUUGAGGGUCUGUCAACAGAAAUUUCCCUUACUCACUUAAUGAAGUGGAACGGACUUCCAAAAUGGCGGCGGGGAUUCCCCCGAGGGGAAGUGCUUAGAGGAGUUAGAAAGUGGAUGUUAAAAGUGAAGUAGAACGCAGCCAUGGAUAUGUAAGAUACCUGAAAGGGCUUUUCGCAGUGAAAAAGGCCAAUUGCUUGACUGUGUCAUGUGAGUUUAACUUGCUCAAGCCAAAUAUCAGCAUUAAUCCUGCCUCUACUUUUAAGAAACAUAUCGAGGUAAAUUUCAUAUUUCUGCUUACUAGAUUCUGCAUCUAUAAUGUAGCCUGUAAUUUAGCUAUCUAUCACUGAGAUUAUUGGGUUGAUGUGAGAGAUUAAGGCAAUGUUAUCAAUAGG